AUGGCUCCGUCAACCAUGAAGCAGUGGGUGGUCGAGAACAAAAACAAUGGCUUUGAUGGUCUGGUCUUCAAGGACGCGCCCGUCCCAAGUGUCGGUGAGAACGAAGUUCUGGUGAAGCUUCAGGCUGCGUCACUGAACUACCGUGACCUGAUCAUCCCCAAGGGCAAGUAUCCCUUCCCUUGCUCUUUCCCCGUGAUUCCCGCCUCCGAUGGCGCUGGCGAGGUCGUCGAGGUCGGAUCGAAGGUCUCCGAGUUCAAGAAGGGCGACCAGGUUGCGACUCUCUUCAACCAGGGCCACCAGUUCGGCGAGAUCGAUAUCCCUGCUACCCAGACCGGUCUGGGUGGUGCGAUCGACGGCACCCUCCGCGAGUACGGCGUCUUUAACGAGAAGGGUCUAGUCAAGGCUGCGAAGAACCUCUCGCCGAUUGAGAACAGCACUUUGACUUGCGCUGCGCUGACGAGCUGGAAUGCGCUGUACGGACUGAAGCCUCUAAAGCCUGGCCAGGUGGUGCUGGUGCAGGGAACCGGAGGUGUGAGUAUCUUCGGUCUGCAGUUCGCUAAGGCCGCCGGUGCGACCGUGAUCGCCACGACGUCCUCCGACCAAAAGGCUGAGAAGCUGAAGAAGCUCGGCGCCGACCACAUCAUUAACUAUAAGACCGACCCCAACUGGGGCGAGACGGCUCGCAAGCUCACCCCCGAAGGCGCUGGUGUCGACCACAUCAUCGAGGUUGGUGGAAGCGGCACUCUAAAGCAGAGCUUCAAGGCUAUCAAGUUCGAGGGUAUCAUCAGCGUGAUCGGAUUCCUGGGUGGUGUCAGCGGCAGCGAUCAGCCUGGCAUUCUGGAUACCCUGAGCAACAUCUGUACCGUCCGUGGUGUCUAUGUUGGUAGCAAGGCGUUGAUGCGUGAUAUGGUGCGUGCCAUCGAGGCUAACAACAUUCAUCCUGUUGUGGAUGAGAAGGUCUUUAGCCUUGCUGAAACUCGGGAGGCUUAUGAGUACAUGUGGGCACAGAGGCACUUUGGCAAGCUGGCCGUCAAGAUCAAUUAA